AGGAGGCGGAGUAACACGUUGGUUUCCAGCAGAGGCGCUUUGCUAGCAGUAGUUGGUUGUUGUACCACCGCACACAAGCAGGUCGUCAGCGUUUUAAACCAAAAGAAAAAAAUGAACGGAAUAGAAGAGGAAUCAAUGACUCCACAGACGUUUCUUUACGGGUGCGUGCUGGAGGCCGGGAAGGAGGUGGUGUUCAACCCCGAGGAGGAUGACUUUGAGCAUCAACUGGAUCUAAGAAUGGCCUGCGUGGACCCCGGUACCAAAGACGAGCUUCACAUGGUGGAGGUGGAAGGACAAGACUCAGAGGGUCAGAAAAUCAAAGCUGUGCUGGUCUCGCUGAAGCCCUCUACCCUGCCAAGUGUGUGUCUCGGUGGUUUCACCAUCACACCCCCGGCAGUUUUCCGUCUGAAGGCCGGCGCUGGUCCAAUCCACAUCAGUGGACAACACCUAGUCAUGAUGGAUGCCGAUCAGUCCUUUGAAGAAGACGAUGAUGAAGCGGAGGAGGAGGCGGAAUGUUGCCCAGCAUCAAAGAAAAGACCCGCUUCCUCCCCUGCCCACAAGUCUCAGAAAAAGAUUAAAAUGGAUAUGGAGGAGGAUGAUGAGGAGGAAGAGGAUGAUGAGGAUGAGGAAGACGAGGAGGAGGACGAGGAGAGUGAGGAGGAAGAGUCACCUGUUAAGGCCAAGGCCACGCCUACCAAAAAACAAGCCCCGGCUCAGAAUGGCAAGAGCCCGAAUCCCACCACCCCGUCCAAGAAGCAGGACAAGACCCCUAAAGGUAAAGGUGAAAGGUCACCUAAGAUCCCCACAACUCCCAAAGUGGUUCUAACGCUUCCUGAGCUGAAAGCCAAGAUCACAGAGUCAAUGACUAAGGGAGUAACAUUACCUAAAAUCCAGCUCAAGUUUGAGAACUUUGUGAAGAACGGUCACAACGUCUCUGACUCCAAGAUCGUUGCGGAGCUGUGGAAGUGGAGACAGGCCAUGAAGGAUGCUAAAUAACUGUCUGUUGUUUUAUUAUCUCUUUUUAUGACUGUUUCUACCCAUAGCGCCUCUCAAACCCUCUGAAAGCAAACUCGGUGCCUCACUCUGGUCAAUAAUUCUACGUCUGGUCCAGAGACGAGAGUGAUGAGGCGUAGUCUUUCCUCCUCAUCGCCCUCUCACUGGGGAAGACCAACCAUUCGGUUUGUUGAAUGAACCAGCUUACAGAUUUGCAUCUUUUUGUAAAUCAUGUGUAAAUCAAAUUCUCGCUAGAUUGUUGGCACCCGAGUAUGGAGGACGUGUUCAUUUGUGUUUUUUUUUUUUAAAUAUACGGUAAAAGGUUAAUUUGGCUUCUAUACAAAUACAAACUCGUACAGGACUAUUGACGACGCAAAUGCAGAAACUUUCAGCUCGAGCUGGACAUGGCGACAUCAUUUUAAGCAGAACCUUUUGGCUGACAUCAUCAGUGAUGGUGAUACUGAUUGGGCAGUAUCCAUGUUUCUAGCGUUGUCCACCAUGAACAUAAAUAAUUGCACUUUUUGAAAUGUUUUGAAUGUGAAUGCUGUCGAGAGAUUCCUGAGGUCAAGAUCCCACGACUAAAAAUUGUCCACGUAGCAUAAUGGAUGCGUGUAAUUGAUGUAUUCGUCCGUCCGGAAGUAAUCGAACAUAGAGCAGCAAGCUGCGUCAACCCUUUGAGGACAGCGUCCCGCACAUUUCAGCAUGUGAUCGCUAACGGUUAGGUACUUUGUGACUUACUGAAUGCAUGAAGGAAUUUGCAAAUUAGUUAAUUUUUAAAAAACAUUUUUAGUUGCUUAGCCUGUUUACAAACAAGGAUGUGCAGAUGUUAUGUUCUUAAAAAUUGUCCAACUGUACUCAAGUUUCAGGCCUCAACUUCUCUGCUCAUGUGACCAGUUAGAGAAAUAUUUAAAAUGUAGAUUGAUGCGGCCCGUUGGAGCAGAAGAUCAUUCCAUGUUCUCAAGAAACAAGUGUUUGUACGAGUUAACAUAAUGCUGUGGGUUUGAAUGGACUAUACCGAGAUUGAUUCACUAAAUAAAAUACUGUUUAAGCGUU